GGUCGUUGCGGAAGUCUCUUUUCUCCCGGGGUUGCAAUCGUGUGUCCCCCUUUGCAAAGUGGGAGGGAGCUGAGCUGUUCUUGCAGAAGGAGCUGGAAAAAGAGGACCAGGAAUCGACACCAUUGCCAAUUGUGCUAUUGUCCCCAUUCAGCAGGUACCCAAGACUGCUUAAAGGAAGCCGGAGAAUGCCAUCACGAGGCAAGAAAAGAGCCAGAGGGGCAUUGAAAGCUGCAAAAGAACCUGAUCUUAAAGUGCCCAAGUCUGAGAUCCCAAAGGCGGGAGAGGAACCAGCGCCGGUCAAAAUGUCUGGAAAGAGAAACGCUGGAAAAACCUCUGCCAGAGAAACCGGAACCGGCGUGGAGCAAGAGGGGAACCAGAAAACCUACACCCACUGGCUGAUGAAAUCUGAACCCGAGAGCAGGCUGGAGAAAGGAGUUGAUGUAAAGUUUGGCAUUGAAGACUUAAAAGCUCAGCCUAAUCAGACGGCUUGCUGGGAUGGAGUCAGGAAUUACCAGGCUCGGAAUUUCUUGAGAGAUAUGAAAGUUGGACAGAAGGCCUUUUUCUAUCACAGUAACUGCAAAGAGCCUGGCGUUGCUGGCAUCAUCAAGGUGGUGAAGGAGGCCUACCCAGACCACACCCAGUUUGAGAAAAAGGAUCCGCAUUAUGACUCCUCCAGUUCCAAAGAAAAUCCCAAAUGGUGGAUGGUUGACGUCAAGUUUGUGCGAAUGACCCAGCGCUUCAUCCCCCUGGCUGAACUGAAGCGUCACCACCAGGCACAUAAAACCUCAGGAGGCCCUCUGAAGGACAUGGCCCUCUUCACCCGCCAGAGACUCUCGGUGCAGCCGCUGACCGUGGAGGAAUUUGAAUUUGUUUUGAGCCUGGAAGAAGAAAAGCCACACUGAGAGCUCACUUCAGUGCUGAAUUGCUUCAGAAUUGGCUGACUGGUUGCUGGUUUGCUCCCGUAAAACACGGUCGAUGAGGAGAAUCUAGUACUGCCAUAUAUUAUCAUCAAGGUUUAAGGUCUUCUUUUAAAAAAUAAAGGCUGUCCGUUUUA